AUGAAGAGGCCAUUAAAUUUGAUAUCGGGUAAAGAUAUAUUAAGUAAACCAAAGAGAAAGAAGCAAAGUACAGAUACUGAAAGUGAAGAUGAGACUGACAUGAGUUUAAGAGAAAGUUCCUGUUCUCCCAUUGAAGAGAUUGCUGAAGGAUCGGAUGUGGAGAACGAAACUCCAGUUUUAACUGAAUUCGUGAAAGAGAAACGCUUUAUUCUAGUGAAGUUCGAGAAGAAAAAGUCUGUCAAACACUAUGUUGGUCAGGUGAUUACCAAAUAUAGUCCCACUGAGUACAAAAUUUCAUUUUUAAGAAAGAAUCCCGGCGGUUGGAAAUUUGUUUUUCCCAAUAACACACACGAAGGUACUGUUUACAUAUCAGACAUGGUAUGUAUAUUGCCGGAACCCAAAUCUGCUUCUACAGCAAGAACAGCUAAUAUAUUUAGCUUUCAAAAAGAUCUAUCUAUGUACGAUGUGCAAUAA